GACAGCUCGGUUGUCAAACGGUCAGGCAGUUGUGAAGAAAAUUUUGCCCGAGAGAAAGCAACCAACGUCCACCAAAACGAUUCUGUCCUGUGGCGGGGUGUGGAAAAUUGCUUGUUUUUCCUCCCACCAGCCCACAUUGCUGCUCAUUUGCGGUUGAGACGGGCAGCGCUUUUUAGCAAGUUACUCCGUGGAAAAAGAUGGCAAUCGAAGCAACAAUCGUCCAAGUGCACCGUUCCAUCGCUUUGGCCAGUGUUUAAUUGAUCUAUUGCGAGGGCAUACACAUACAUACGCACGUACGUGAACACACAAAUCGAGUUUUCCGUUUUCCACGGGUGUGUGCAUAAUUACCAGCCCCUAUCUCGCUCGGUUCCCUUCCAAUUCCCCCCACUCCCGGUGGAGGUAUGUGCUAACGUGUGUGUGUGUGUGUUUGUGUGAGAGUAGUGCGCGGUGUAAAUGCAUAGUUGUGUGAAGCCGUGCGCAACGUUGUUGCAAACAUAGGUUUUCUUCGCAUCGCUUCGAUUCGCCUCUUUUCACCACCCCAUUUAACAACAUUCCCGAGUAGUAGAGGGUGGGUGGGUGGUUGAGAGGCGCUUGGUGCAUUAUAGUACACGCAGCAAAGCAUCUCUCUAUGGAACAUGAUGAACUCCAUCAGCGGAUCGGGUGCAGUGGCGGCGGCGGCGGCGGCAGGGCCGACCGCAGCUCCAACGGCAACGGCAGCACCACCGACGGCGGCGACGACUACAACGACGGCGGCGGCGGCGGCACCAACAACCGCUACGUCAGCGUCGGUCACCCCUUCGUCCGGCGGCGGACAGGGGGAGCUCUACUUCCGGCCGCUGCCCUACUUAAGCUUCAAGUGGAUCAAGGCGGACGUGGGCAGCGCGCUCCGUAAUGCGGACGAUCUGGCCAACCUGUGGAACCACCUCAUCCAGGACGAGGAGGUGACGACGGAGCGGGUGCAGACGGCCGUGAACGGGCUGGGCGAGCUGGUCUACCUGCGCCCGGACGGUCGCUACUACUGCGGCAACGUGGCCAUACUGUGCGACUGCUGCAAGGGCGUGUGCUCGGCCGUGUCCAAGUGCAUCUGUCCGACCUGCGAAGAGCUGGGCGUGCAGGAGGGUGCCGGCGGCGGUAGUGAUCCGUCGUCCGGCGCAGCCGCCGGCAGCAACGGAGCGAACGGCCGUAAAGCGCAGACACAGAACCACACACAGUCGUCGCCGGCCGAUCAACCCGCCAGCGCUGCCGCCGCCGCCGGUGACAGUUCCGCCAGCUCCGUCCUGCUCGACUCGUGGCUGUGGAGCCCUGUGCCUGGCACGGAGGAUAAGAAGGAAUGCAUCAAGAAGCUGAUCGGCGAACAAAGGGAAAUAUGCUUGCAGGCGGCCGGCAACUGCCUGUCCGCGAACCGCACCCGCCAGCUGCUGUUCGUGUACCGGCGCUACUUUAUUGCACUGCAGGAGAUGGGCAUGCAUCGCGAGACGGAGGAAAAGCAGCACGCGACCGAGCUGGCGACGAGCGAGUGCGAUGCGGCAAAGCUGAGCAAAAACUCCAGCUUGGAUCGUACUGCCGGCACGGCCAAAGACUCCGACAAGGCAACGUUCGGGCUGGCCCGUGUGGGGACGCGGGCGGCGCUCAAUUUCUCCUUUGCCUUUCUGCGCCGCGCCUGGCGCUCGGGCGAAGACGUCGAGCUGUGCAGCGAGCUGCUGUCGGAGGCGCUGGAAGCGCUGCAAUCCCUCCCGGAAGCGUCCCUCUUCGACACGUCCCAAAUGUCGACGCUCUGGAUCGAGGUGGUGGAAAAGUCGAUCAAGUUCCUGCGCCAGGUCGUGCUGGGCGAUGUGAUGGGCGGCCGGUGUCUCGUGCCGAAGGCGGACCGGCACAUUGCACUCAAUCUGCUGCUCGAGCUGGGCGCCCAGAAGGGCACGCUCGGAGGUUCGCUCGAGGGCGUCUCGCUGCUCCUGACCCUCCACGAAAAGGACCACCAGUCGGACGACAAUCGCAGUCCGGCGCAGAACUCGGGCGCCCCGCUAGUGCCGCUCCUGCACCGAUACGAGCAGAUCGAAAGCUUCGGCUCGUUUGCCACCUCCGAUUCGUUCCACUUCGGGCCGACCGAAUCGUUCCUGCGCUUUCUCGCCCUGCCCGACAACGAGACGACCUGCGUCGAUCUCAAGCUGGCCGCUGUCAUCAUCAUCAGCCAUCUGGACCGGCUGGCAAAACCGCACCUGCCCGCCGGCAACUGCUCGACCAAGGGUGCGAGCAAGUACGCCAAUGCGCCGAAAAUAUUCACCCUCGGCUGGAGUGCCUGUGCGCCGGAGCUGUACGGUUUUACCGCGACCGAAGCGAUACGGACGGGGUGUGCGGAUUUCGACGCGAUGGUAACGUCGGUGACGGCCCCGGGGAGUAUCGAUGGGGCGAUGCCCCGCUACUCGACCGCCACCAUUGAUCUGCUGCUCGAUCAGGUGCGCCAGAUUGUGUGUGCGGAAAACUGUGUGUACAUUCUGACCGACAGUGGCACGGUGCUGUAUCUGUCGCAUGCAAUCUCCAUGACGGAGGACAACUAUCCGGCGCAGGUGAAGGGGCUGGAGUGUACGAUCGUUCAGCUGGCGGCGCAUUGCGAAGGACGGCACGUGCUCGCGCUGGCAAGCAGCGGGGAUGUGUACUCGUGGGGCAGCGGCGACGGCGGUCGGCUCGGACAUGGUGACACGAGCGCGAAAGAGCUACCGACGCGCAUAGCGGCACUGGCCGACCGGCAGGUGACGGGCGUGUUCUGUGGCUCCUCGUACAGUGCGGCGAUUACGGCCAGCGGAGAGCUGUACACGUGGGGCCGUGGCACGUACGGUCGGCUUGGUCACGGCAACUCGGAGGACAAGUACGUGCCCACGCUCGUGACGGCGCUAAAGGCGCACCGGGUCGUACACGUGGCGCUCGGGUGUGGCGAUGCGCACUCGCUGUGCGUGACGGAGGCAGGGCUCGCGUUUGCCUGGGGCGACGGUGAUUUUGGCAAGCUGGGCAACGAAUCGUGCGUCGGCACUUCCGUCCCGGUGCAGGUCGAUCUGCCGCAGGCGUCGUGCGUCGUGAAGGUGUUCAGUGGCUCGCAGUUUAGUGUGGCGCUGACGCGCGAAGGAACGGUGUACACGUGGGGCAAGGGACACGGUGGUCGGCUCGGGCACGGCAAUUCGGAGCAUUCACCCGUCCCGAAGAUGGUGCAAGCACUGGAAGGCAAGAAGAUCGUCGACCUCGCGGUAGGACUGGCGCACUGCCUUGCUCUCACCGCGUCCGGCGAGCUGUACGGCUGGGGACGCAACGAUUUCCAGCAAAUCUGCCCGGAGUGUGUGACACGGGAUCCGAUUAUAACGGCGCCGAUUUUAACGACACCACCGACGCUUCGUGUCGCGGGGAUGGCGGCUGGAGUAGCGCAGAGCCUGUUCUGGUGUCACUCUUCGUCGCACGGCAUUCCGGCCAAAAUUCCGUUCGUGGUGGACCUGAGCGAACACACGUUCCGGCUGCUCGAUCAGCUGCUGUGCAUGGUAAGCGUGACUUCCUCGUCCGAUGCGUCCCGUCACCCGCCCAGCCAGGAGGCGGAAUGUAUUGCGGUGGCUACGCUGAACCUGCUGCGCCUGCAGCUGCACGCCAUGAUCGUGAACAACGUCCAUCCGCGCCAGGUCGGCUUGGUGGAGGGAUCGCGCCUGCUCGCGAGUCUGAAAACGCGCAUCCUCAGCCUGGCCGGAGGGCCUGUCGUGCUGAAAACGAUGCAGGAAGCCGCCCAGUGGACGCUACAGGUUGGCUGGAGUAUUAUACUGCCGACUGCAUCGGAACGAGCCCAAACUUUAACGUCCCUGCUGCCGGCUGGACACGACGGCGGUGCGACCAUCGGGUCAGCCGCUCAAACCAGUGCUGGACAUCGGUUCAUGACCGAUCUGCUCGUUGGUUCACUGAUGGCCGAGGGGGGUCUGCAGACGGCCCUCAAUCAAGCGAUCAAUCACCACCAGCAUCAGAACCCCUUCCAGGCCCAGGAACCACACGGAGCUGGGAGUGGAACGCAUCUCUCGCUGCUGCAUCUGCUUAAGCAGCUGUUACGGAACAACUCCAGCCUAACGCAGGCACGGCUCGGGCAGCUCAUGCUCGGACCGUACCUCAAACCGGACGAUGGCUUCUCCGCACCCGAGCCGACCUCCCCGAGCCUGGAUCUGCUGCACAAAUUCCAGCGGCUGCUCCUUUCGCACCUGUACGCGUCCAAAGCGGACGACCUGAGCGGUGCGGAAGCGCUGCUCUACACCUACAUCCAGCAGCUGGUCGGUCCGUGCGUGAACACACUCGCCAAGGCGUACGAAACGAUCCUCCAGGGCAAGGACGGCGUGACCGAGAUCCUGCGCAACGACAUCUCCGAUGCGCUGCUGUACGAGCUGCUGAUCGGGCUGGUGGUCAUCCAGCAGGACAAACCAUUCCUGCUGGCCAACUUCGACUGGAACCGGCACCUGAUACCGCUGCUGAACGCGCUGGACGGAUUCAACCGGCUCACGCAGGAGGGCGAACUGCAGGACACGGACGACAUGGGGUGGCCGGGAAUUGUGAGCCGCGGCGCGUCGAAAGCGAUGCCGGUGCAGGAGGAACCGGUGCUGAUCCGGCGCAGCGACAUCGACAAUCACGUGCGCGACGGCGGCUGCUGGGUCAUCAUCAACGGGAACGUGUACGACGUGAAGGACUACACGCCGGACAAUGCGCUCACGCAGGAGCUGCUGCAGGCGCACGCCGGCAAGGACAUUUCGCUUGAGAUCGGCAAUCCGCAGCACCGGACGGCGUUCGAGUUCAUUACCUCCUACCUGCGGGUGGGCCGGUACGCGGUUAGUGAAAUGUACGACAGCACCGCGAACCCGCGGCCGCUCGUGACGCUCACGCACUUCCAUUCGGAAUGCCUGCUGGCGUAUCUGCUCGGACAGCGGGCCAGUAUACUGCAGGUCGGGUCGCCCCUGCAGCCGGCCGAGCUGCAGUGUCGCAAUCUGCUGAACUCGCACGUGCUAAGCGGCGGGCUGCAGGUGCUGCAACCAUCGAACCCGUUCGACGAGGAAAAGGGCGAAGCGCGCAGCAGUGGCUCAACGGCCGGCAGCACGCCGACGGACGCGUCCGCUCAGCUGCCGAUCGUCGGGGGCGACGGUGUGCCAAUGAUGGGCAGCUGGCCGAUGGUGCUGAUUACGCAGCGGGUGGACACACUGCUGGCAAACCUGGGCGAGGGCAAGAUCACCGAUCCGCUGGUCGCGUCGUGGAUUGGCCUCUGCGAGCGGUACUGCAAGGAGCAUCAUCUCAUCUGGCACCAAGAGUUCCCACCGGAGCAUCCGGUGAUCGAGCUGGAACGGUUGCUGAUGGCGGUGCUGAUACGGCACCAGGCGCUGGGGCCGCUCGCGCUCGCCGUCAUCGAUCGGGAGCUGAGUGGGUCGGGCGCGAAACCACCGCCCCCGAUCGUUACCAUCAUACGCACGGUGCACCAGACGAAGUGGGCAAUCGUGAAGAUGCGCCAGCAGCUGAACCGCAGCUACAAGGAGGUUUGCGCGCCGAUGAUCGACAAGUGCCGCUUCCUGCUGUACGAAAUCCGGCCUUCGGUGAGCCUCGAGCAGCACGGGCUGGAGCGGCUACACAUACUGCACCGGCCGCCACGCUUUAAAGCGCUCGUGCGGCGCAUCAUUGCGGAGAUGCGGGCGGCCAAGCGGCAGCUGAAGCUGGCCUGCGCCAAACCGGAGGACAUUGUGAACGCUACCAUCCAAAGCCAGCUCAGCAGCGGCAAGAUCCAGUCGUACGAGAAUCUGAGCGGCUGUGGCAUCAACAAACAGCAGCAGCAGCAGCAACAUCUCGUGUCCGUCGCCGGUGUGGCACUUUCCACCGAAAAUCUAGUCAACGAAAGUCUCAUCAAGGUGGCCAGCCUGGAGAGUCUCAGCACGUCCGGCCACGUGCAUCGGCGCGCGUCCGUUGAUCGAUCCGCCUCACCGGUCAUCCUGCACCGUAGCAACAGCCCGGCACUGUCCAAGUUAGCCUCGUCCAAUGAAAAUCUGCUCGAUGCGGACGGGCCGCAGCCAGGGGACGGUACCAACACCAACACGGUCGGCGGUGGUGGAGGUGUCGCGGUGGACGUGACGGGCACACUGGAACCCGGCGACAAUGCAACGGUGGAAGGGAACGAGAAGAAAAUUACCUUUACCAACGAUGAGCAGAUUAAAACGCCCACAAACGAAAUGAUCGAAUUUCACGGCACGGCGGGAGGGAAGGCGACCAAAACGGCGUUCCCGCAGGAUGGGGACGAUUUCCUGAACAACGUGAUCGCAAACCUGAGCGACAAGUGUCUGCUCGAGUCGUACCCGGUGGAGUUUAAAACCGGCAUCAGCCAGCAGGUGGUCGAUUUCAUCCUGCACGACCAGUGCGACGUGGAAACGCUGCGCCGCGCCAUGUACUGCCAGAUCCAGCGCUACCAGCUGCGCAAGCAGGGGCUGGAGAUGUUCCACGAGCUGUUGCGCAUCGCUGGGCUGUUCGAUGCGGUGCAGUACAAUCUGUUUAACGGAUUUCUCGGUCUGCAUUUGGGGCACGGUUGUGUGCGAAACCAAGCGAUGGGUAGCAAUGGGGAAAGUGUGCCUCAUGUGCAGCAGCAACAGCGCGAGUCGGAGCACGUGCUGGACAAUUUGAACAUGAUCACGGCGUACCAGAAGGCGGACAUACUGAUCGCGCAUGCCAAGAUCGUUGAGUGGGCGGUGCUGGAGCUGCAGAAGUACGUGAAUCAGGAUAAAAUUAAUGGCCGCCAUCGGACGCAUGGUGAGAAGGAUAAUUCGAACCUGGGCACGUACGUGUUUCUGAAGAAGCUGCCCCGGGCUCGGUUUUUGCUGAGCAUUUUUGGCAUCCUGUCGCGCACGUACGAAGCGAACGAGCUGAGUCUGCUAAUUAAUGCGGGCAUACUGGGAAGCAUUAUGGGGCUGCUGCGACAAACGGGCGCUGAUAUGCCGACCAGCAAAAACACCUCCGACACGUCGGUCAUUUACGAGGAUGUUGUGACAAAUUUGAAAUCUUCAAAGGAAGGGCUUUCCGGACCGGAACUUUCCAAAUUCAUGAAGGUGGGAACAAGGAUUGCACGCGGCGCAGACUGGAAGUGGGGCGAGCAGGACGGCCCCGGCGGUGAGGGGCGUAUUAUCAGCGAAAUUGGAGAAGAUGGCUGGGUGCGCGUAGAGUGGGACAAUGGAUCCACCAACUCGUACCGGAUGGGCAAGGAGGGCAAGUACGAUCUCCGGCUGGCGGACAGUGCACUGAAGGCGCUCUCCCCCGACAAGGACAGCGAGCGGGAAGACUUCAUCGAUCACGCACUGAGCCACGAAUCGCACCCGACCAAGCUGCUGCGCAACGUGUGCAUCAAAACGCUCCAGAUGCUGUUCGCGUCGGUCGGGCUGCACGCGGAAAGGAUGGAGCAGAACGCGCUCCGCACGGUCGCCUCGCUGUUCCGCAUGAUGCUGCAGCCGAACGAUUUCAAUCGCACCGGUACUACCAACGGACCGCCCGCACCGGGCACCAGCUGUUACAGUUUCGGGCUCGAGCAGUGGACCGUGCUUGGGUUUUUGCGUGCAAUAUCGUUUACGCCGGCGCUGUCGCGCCAGCUGACCACGCCGCUGUGGAUAGAGCUUGCGUUUAAGAUACUGAACGCACCGAUCGCGAGCAAGAAGGACGUGUACAAGAAGCUGCACUGUCUGCGGCUGCUGCAGUCGACGCUGGUAAACUGGACGCAGGCGGAGAAGCAUCGCGUCGACAGCAUCAUCAGCCAGCUGUUCGAUGUGCUGGGACGGAUUUCGCUUACCUGCCCGAACGAUUCGUCCCUGCUGGCCAGUGCGGUCGAUGCCAAGUCUCGCGUCCUGUACAGCGCCUCACACAGUGGCACUGUCGCGGAGGAGCUGGUCGUUUUGAUCCGCCGGCUGCACACGCUCCCACUGUGGAACGAAAGCAUCAACUCGUUCAUACAGCAGAAACUGUGCCUGACGGCGGACAUAUUCCUCGAGAACGAUUUGGACGGCAUUGGGGAGGGUGAGAAGCGUGCGAUCAUGGGUACGCUCGGCACGAUCGGAGGCUGCGACUCGCGGCCACGCAUCGGGCUGAACAUUACGCUCGACGGCGUGCGGGGCACGAUCUCGCGCAUGACCAAGAAGGGAAAGGUGGUGAUGAAUGUGCACGGUGCGGCGGAGACGAAAAAGAUUCCCAUCUUCAAGGUGGCCGAGUGUGCGGACGUGGGAGCGUUCAGCCUGUCCAAGGUGACCAUCAGCGAGAUGCUGCUCAACUCGUGGUCGGUGAUGUUUUACGGCAUUGGGCAGCUUGUUCCGCUGGGCGGAGGCGGUGGUGGUGGUGGUGGUGAUGGGUGUGCCAAUGCAGCGCUGCUCCAAAGCCAGCAGAUCAACUUUGCCACGCUGAAGGCGACGAAGGUGCUGUUCCGCAACCAGAGCCUACUGCGGCGCAUUCUGCGCCAACGAUCGCCGGGACUGACGAAGAGUGCCUCGCGGGACAGCGUUUCGUCCGAUCGCGACGGGGACAGUCCGGAGCCGGAUGAGGGGAAAACACGCUCGGAAUCGAACACAUCCGACGAGUCGCAAGCGUUCUACACGGCAGAGCUGUUGAUACAAACCAUCCUGCUGCGCGCUACGCAACCAAGCCCACUAAAAGCGUGCUACACGUACCAGGAGAUGGAGCUGGCGGCGCUAAACAUCUCGCAAAUGCUGGCCAGCCAUAUUCACUACUCGUCGGGGGAUGGUGCCGGGGGCCAGAUGGCGUCCAGUGGAUGUAACAAACGCCCGAUGGCGCUCGGUCAGCCCACCAUGAUACACGGUGUGCCGGUGUACAAUAACGAGUCGGCAUCACUUGGCGGCGAUGGUCAAGCGGUGCAAGCGAUGGGAUCGCUGGACAGCAACGCUACAAGCACACGCAGUGGUCGGACGCGCACAUCGAACGCGUUCAUUGCGCCGACGCCCCUGGUGGCGCAAAUCAUGGAGAUGGGCUUUACCCGCAAAUCGGUCGAGCUGGCGUACAAGAGCUUGAUGCAGCAGAACGAAAACGCUAACCCGACGGCGGAACAGAUCAUACAGUGGAUACUGGAGCAUCCGGAGCUGACCGCCAGCCUGGGGCUCGGCAGCGGCGGCAAGCAGGGCGAUGGCGAGCAGCACGAUCACGAUCUGCGCGGCCACAGCGACACGGAAAGCGUCAGCUCGGACACGAUGGACGGUGCCUCGUCGCAGCACGACUAUCAGCAGCAGCACCCGCAUCACGGCGGUGGCCCAGGCACGCUGUACAAAGCGCGCGAAGACUUCAAAUCGGCCGACCAGUACGCGAUGUACGUGCGGGGCAUCAUCUGCCCGGGCAUGCUGGUGCGCUGCUGCCAGGAGUUCGAGGAGAUACGCAAGGGUGACAUCGGCACGGUGGAGAAGGUGGAGCCGGAAGGGCUGCACGAUCUGAACGUGCGCGUCGACUGGCAGAUGCACGAUCGACCGUACUGGAUGUGCUUCGUGCAUCUGGAGAUGCUCGAGCCGCCGACGAUAUCGUCCGAUCCGGGCGGUUGCGGUGGCAUCAUGGUUGGGUCGCAGGUUCGUCUGCUGCGUGCGCACGUUUCGCGCCACCGGUUCCCGUCGCUGUCAGCACCGCGCGGCACAACGGGCGUGGUAAGCUCGCUGACCGGCAGCGAAGCGAUAGUGGAAUUCCCCCAGCAAACGCUGUGGAAGGGUAGCAUCAGCGAGCUGGAGCUGAUAUCGAACCCCACGACGUAUGGGACGGCGGGAGCCGGUGCGCUCUCCGCCAACGGUGCCGCCGGUGGCGGAGUGUUUGACAUCAUCGACGAUUGGUCGCGCUGCAUCCGUUCGCUGUCGGUUUCAUCCAACGAGGCGUCCGCCAAGUAUCUGCUGGACCGCAGCACCAACAACUACUGGCAGAGCGCUAGCACGGCGGUGCAGGGCAAGCACUGGAUACGGCUCGAGAUGCACGACCAGGUGCUGGUGCAGUCGCUGUCGAUCAUCGUCGAUCCGGACGAUUUCUCGCACAUGCCAUCGCUGGUGGUGAUGCGCGUCGGCGACGACAGCUUCUCCAUGACCGAUCUGCGCUGGGUGUCGAUCAAUCCGACCACCGUGACGAUGCCGCUGCUCACCGACUGCAAGCAGUACUACCGCUGGAUCGAGAUACGCAUCAAGCAGUGCCGCAACAAUGGCAUCCAGUGCCGGGUGCAUGGGCUGUCGAUUGUCGGCAAGCGGCGCCAGACGGACGUCGACAUGAUGCUGCAGAGUGCGGGCUUCCUGGCGUCGGAGAAUGAAACGAUCGCCGAACCGAGCUACUCGACCUCGUCGAACUACGCGGACGAGCCGGCCUCGCUGAACGACGAGGUGUCGUCGAAGGUGCUGGUGUGGGGGCUGAACGAUAAGGAGCAGCUCGGUGGACUGAAGGGCUCAAAGGUGAAGCUACCGACGUACUCGUCCGUGCUGAGCCAGCUGAAACCGAUCCACAUUGCGGGCGGAUCAAAGUCGCUGUUCAUCGUGUCGCAGGACGGAAAGCUGUAUGCUUGUGGCGAGGGUACGAAUGGGCGGCUGGGUCUGGGGCAUAACAACAAUGUUCCGACGCCCAAGCAAGUGCCGAUACUGAGCCAGUACGUGGUGAAGAAGGUGGCCGUCCAUUCGGGUGGCAAACACGCGAUGGCACUUACUCUGGACGGGAAGGUGUUUUCGUGGGGCGAAGGCGAGGACGGCAAGCUGGGACACGGCAAUCGGUUGACGCUGGAAAAGCCGAAGCUGAUUGAAACGCUGCGCACGAAGCGCAUUCGGGAUAUUGCGUGCGGAUCGAGCCACAGUGCCGCCAUCACCAGCUCGGGCGAGCUGUACACGUGGGGCCUGGGCGAGUAUGGACGGCUCGGGCACGGCGAUAACUGUACGCAGCUGAAGCCGAAGCUGGUGACUGCGCUGCAGGACCACCGUGUGGUGCAGGUGGCGUGCGGAAGCCGAGACGCGCAGACGCUCUGCCUGACGGAGGAUGGGUUGGUGUUUUCCUGGGGCGAUGGAGACUUUGGCAAGCUGGGAAGGGGCGGCUCCGAGGGCUGCUCCGUUCCGCACCAGGUCGACCGGCUGAACGGGGUUGGCGUGAUGCAGAUCGAGUGCGGGGCACAGUUCAGUCUGGCGCUUACGAAAGCCGGGGAGGUGUGGACGUGGGGCAAAGGCGAUUACUAUCGGCUGGGCCAUGGCACAGAUCAGCACGUGCGCAAACCGACCCCAAUUCAAGGGCUGCGUGGCAAGAAAGUCAUCCACGUGGCCGUCGGUGCGCUGCACUGUCUCGCCGUAACGGACAGCGGGCAGGUGUACGCGUGGGGCGACAAUGAUCACGGCCAGCAGGGAUCAGGGAACACGAUCGUCAACAAGAAGCCGAGCCUCGUGCUCGGGCUGGAUGGAAUCUUCGUGAAUCGGGUAGCGUGCGGCAGCUCACACUCGGUCGCCUGGAGUCUGCCCCAGAAUCAGACGGAAAAGGACAAGAAGGAACCGGUUCCGUUUGCCGUGGCGAAGGAUCCGCUCGGCAGCCACAGCUUGGGUAUUUACGCAUCCGAUACGGAGGCAACGACCUCGUCUCCGCUGCCCGUGCCGAGUGGUAGCAAGCAGCAGCGACCAUCGCUUUCGGAGAUUGUGCUCUCGCUUGAGACGGCCAGCGCAAGACAGGCGGCCCUGUCGCACAUUAUCAACGCGAUGAGCAUUCUGCAUGCCCGGUCGUGCAUUAUAGCGGCCCUUACCUGUCACUCGCAGGUGAGCGCCACGGACAAGAUGGCUACGUACGGGCAUGGUGGUGGCGAUACGAUGGUGCGUGCCGUUUCGCCCAUAUCGGAAGGGGACGAAACGGGCGCGAAGGCGACGGUCGCGGAGAGUACGCUGGCGCAGCAGAACGAAACGAUCGCGCACGGUGGAGGGGAAGGUCCGGCCGAUAUCGCGGGGCUGAAUGCCGUAACGACGAACGAAUUUCUUGACGGCGAUAUACCGAUCAUCUCCGGCAUGAAUAACACGCUCGGGGCGUACCGCAGUUUGACCGGAUCGCUCUCGCUGUCCGCCUCGAUAUCAAGUUGCAAUGCAACGCAGCGCCAGUCGAAGAUGUCGGCCAGUGCCAUGUCCGUUAUGGCGGCCACAAUGACGCAUCACGAUGAGAUUAUGAACGAAGCGAACGCUAGCAAUCUGGACGACUUCACUGCGUUGCUGGGCGAACCGGAAGCAAAGCAUUUGAUCGAGCUGCUCAAGUUGAGCGUGUUUGGGCGAACCGGUGCCGCCAGCACGUCGGAAACGAUCGCGAGCACGCUAAUUGCGCUGGCCAAGUCGAACACAACCAUCGCGAACAUGCUGAUCGAAACGUGCAUCACGGAGCUGGAGGAUCUGUGCACCUCGCGCCACUCGCUGGGCAAGCUGCCGAAGCCGGUGGUGCAGGAGACGAGCCAUCCCUACAUUGACGAUAUCAUACUUGUUGGACACGUGAAAAUUCCCGGUGCCGAAUCGCUUCGCAUCGAGUUUGACAGCCAGUGCUCUACGGAGCGCCGUAACGAUCCGCUAAUAAUUAUCGAUGGAUCGGGUAACGUGAUUGCGACACGGUCCGGCCGCGAGUACGCACAGUGGGCACAGGAAAUUCGCAUCCCGGGCGAUCAAAUGCGCUGGAAGUUUACCAGCGACAACUCCGUCAAUGGUUGGGGCUGGCGGUUCUACGUGCACGGCAUCAUGCCGGAGUCUUACCUGCAAGAGCUCGGCUCAGACCGCACCGUACUGUCGCAACCCUCGAUUGCGCUCGUCAUGGCACUGCUAGACUCGCUUCCCGUGCCCACCUCGAACGCGAGCAUUCUCGUACGGCUCACGUCGGCCCUGUCGCAGUGCGCUCAGCUCAGCUCGCUGACGGUAGCGCAGCGUAUCUGGUCGUUGAAGAAGAUGCACCAGCUGCUAUGCAGCAACAGUGCCGCCCUGGCGAAGGACGGCUCCCGGCCAAUGGAUGCUGCCGUGACGGAGAUACUGACACCGCUCGUUCCUAUCAUACUGCGCCAGUACGAGUACGAAGAGCCGCAGGUGCGCAGUGGCAUCCAUCUGAUGCAUUCGGAGUACUUUAAAACGCUUGUUGCGCUGGCGUGCGAUAUGCACAUGGAUACGCUGCUACUGCCCGCGGCAGAUCCGCACCGUUGGGCCUGGUUCCGGCGCUAUUGUGCGGCGGUCCGCGUCGCCCAGGCACUCACCCGUCGUACGCAUCUGCCAUCCACGUUCUGUUUGGAGGUACGCAAGAAGCUUGCGGAAAUAGCGUCUCCAGCGACGCCCGCCCACACGUCGGUCAGCGCGGGUGCUAUCAGCCAAGCAAGCGGUGCUGGGGAUGGUUAUUCUUCGCUGAUCCAGCACACCUCGAGCCAUUCGAGCUUGCUCGGCCAGAGCCACCCGCUAGCGUUCGAGCUGACCAGCACGAUCAGCAGUAGCAGCACCACCACUAGCAGCAGCAGCACCGGCACAACCACCAUCACAGCGGGAAGCAGCGAAUCGUUGCCCGUGAACCCGACCGGCAGCGAGGUGACGAAGUAUCUGCACGAAGAUCACGCCUACUUCACACCGCAGUACGACUCGCAGCUGCUGCAGUGGUUCAACCGGCGGCCCGAGGAUUGGGCCUUCUCGUGGGGCGGUGCCAGCACAAUCUUCGGCUGGGGUCACAACCAUCGCGGCCAGCUCGGUGGGCUGGACGGAAGUCGCAUUAAAAAUCCAACCCCGUGCGAAGCGUUGAGCUUGCUGCGCCCGAUACAGAUUGCAGGCGGCGAACAGACACUGUACGCCGUCACGCCGGACGGGAAGCUGUACGCAACCGGGUACGGUGCGGGCGGUCGGCUGGGUGUCGGCGGAACGGAUUCCGUCACAACGCCCACGCUCGUCGAAUCGCUCCAGCAUGUGAUGAUCAAGAAGGUGGCGGUCAAUUCGGGCGGCAAGCACUGUCUGGCGCUGUCCUCCGACGGCGAGGUGUUCUCGUGGGGCGAAGGUGAAGAUGGCAAGCUGGGGCACGGCAAUCGGGACAGCUACGAUCGGCCGAAGCUGAUCGAAUCGCUGUCCGGGAUCGGCGUGGUGGACAUUGCGUGCGGCAGUGCGCACUCCGCGUGCAUCACCAUACAGGGCCACGUGCUGACGUGGGGCAAGGGCCGGUACGGACGGCUGGGGCAUGGUGAUUCGGAGGACCAGCUGCAGCCGAAGCUGGUAGAAGCGCUGCUCGGGUACCGGGCGAUCGACAUCGCUUGCGGGUCGGGUGACGCCCAAACGCUCUGCAUCACGGACGACGACAACGUGUGGAGCUGGGGCGACGGAGACUACGGCAAGCUGGGACGGGGCGGAUCCGACGGCUGCAAGGUGCCGAUGAAGAUCGAAAGCCUGGCCGGGCUGGGCGUGACCAAGGUGGAGUGCGGCUCGCAGUUUUCGGUCGCGCUGACCCGCUCGGGCAGCGUGUACACCUGGGGCAAGGGCGACUACCAUCGGCUGGGCCACGGCAACACGGACCACGUGCGGCGGCCGAAGAAGGUGGCCGCACUGCAGGGCAAGAAGAUCAUCUCGAUCGCUACCGGAUCGUUGCACUGCGUCGCCUGCAGCGACACGGGCGAAGUGUUCACCUGGGGUGACAACGACGAGGGCCAGCUGGGCGAUGGGACGGUGUCGGCCAUACAGCGGCCCCGGCUGGUGCAGUCGCUGCAGGGCAAGCACAUCGUGAAGGUGAUUUGCGGUUCCGCACACACGCUUGCCCUGUCGACGUACCAGCUGAGUGAAGCGGUUCGACCGCCGCCAUCGCCCCCGCUGGAGUACGAUCUCGUGCGCGACAUUGCGCCGGAAGUGCUGCACGCUCGGCUGGUGCUGCUGCACCACUUCUCCGAGCUGCUGUGCCCGUGUCUGGCGAUGCUGCCGAUUGCGGGCCCGCUCUCGCUUGCCUCGCUGAAGGACGUGCUGGUGUACUCGAUCAAGGAGACCGGCUUCCGGAAGGUGAUCCAGACGACGAUGGUGCGCGACAAACCGCACGGGCCCGUCAUCGAGCUGAACCGCAUCCAGGUGAAGCGGUCGCGCAUGCGCUCCGGCAACGGGCUGGCCGGCGUGGACGGCAUGAAGAGCGUUUUCGGCCAGAUGGUGCAGAAGCUACCGCUGCUGACACAGGAAGCCCUGUCCAUGCCGCAUCGCGUUUGGAAGGUGAAGUUUGUGGGCGAAAGUGUGGACGAUUGUGGCGGCGGUUUCAGCGAAUCGAUUGCGGAGAUGUGCGACGAGCUGCAGAACGGUAGCGUGCCGUUGCUGAUACAAACACCGAACGGGCGGGGUGAGGCAGGCGCCAACAGGGACUGCUUUUUGCUCGACCCAACGCUCACCUCCGUGCUGCACAUGAACAUGUUCCGGUUUUUGGGUGUGCUGAUGGGGAUAGCCGUGCGUACGGGAUCGCCGUUGAGUUUGAAUCUUGCGGAACCCGUGUGGCGUCAACUGUGCGGAGAAACGUUACGUCCAGCCGAUCUAACCGAGGUAGAUCGGGACUAUAUCACGGGACUGCUGUACAUUCGCGACGUGGAAAGCGACCCGAAAGUGUUUGCCUCGAUCGAGCUGCCCUUCUCAACGCCGUCUGCCAAAGGACACGAAGUUCCACUGUCUACUAAAUAUACAAAAAUAACGCCCGAAAAUCGCAACGAGUACGUGAAGCUUGCCCUCAACUAUCGCAUCCACGAGUUCGACGAGCAGGUCAAAGCCGUCCGGGACGGCAUGUCCAAGGUAAUCCCAGUGCCGCUACUGUCGCUCUUUUCCGCCGCCGAGCUGCAGGCGAUGGUCUGCGGUUCGCCCGACAUUCCACUCUGCCUGCUGAAAACGGUCGCCACGUACAAGGGCGUCGAGUCGACCUCCCCGCUCGUGCAGUGGUUCUGGGAGGUGAUGGAAGAGUUCACCAACCAGGAGCGAUCGCUGUUUCUGCGCUUCGUCUGGGGCCGCACGCGCCUGCCCCGCACCAUUGCCGAUUUUCGUGGCCGCGACUUUGUGCUGCAGGUGCUGGACAAGUACAACCCGCCCGACCACUUCCUGCCCGAAAGCUAUACCUGCUUUUUCCUGCUAAAAAUGCCUCGCUACUCCUGCAAGGCUGUUUUGCAGGAGAAGCUCAAGUACGCGAUUUACUUCUGCAAAAGCAUCGAUACGGACGAGUACGCGCGGGUCGCGAUGGGCGAUCCGACCGAAGCGACCGGCAGCGAGGACAACAGCGACAUCGAGUCGGUACUGUUUUAACUUCCGCUCGGCGAGAAGAAGGAAAUCGUACCCCCCAGCCCCCCACAAGUGCGUGCUGAACACGUGUCGGCCGACACAACCGUGCCUCACACAUUCUCCUAGGAGCUUACUCGACUGAUUAAAUUGGACUGAGACGCAAUCCGUGCAUCACACGCGUGUGUUCAUUCAGGAAACAAACACAAAAACCCGCAGCAGGAGGUAAAUCAUGAUGAUCUCCAUUAGCAAGCUGGCUGUUACUUCAUUAGCUUCUCGUUGCAUCCUCUCCCUGUUUACAUAAGGGGGACAACAAUAGAGAGCGAGAAUGUAAACGAGUACGUACGUAUGUUCGCGCCCCUUCUACAAAAUAAGAGUGCUCUCGUUUGAACAUGCGGAUCUAGCUUAUGUGGAAAAUUGAUUUCGAUUCCCUCUUCUCUAUCUAUCUCUUGUACUAGCCAGAGCAACCGCAAUCCCUUUAUUCCCCCUAACAUUCCAGUAGCUGCUAUCCACAGUGUGUUGGGCAAUCAGAGCAAAAAAGAGUAACAUUUCAUUGGUGUAGACCGAUUAAACUAGCACUUAAAUAGUAGUCACACACACCCAUACCCAUACCCAUAUACAACAACGGUAGCACACUUUGUAGCGAAGGUGCGAAUAGAGAUUAUAUGUUUGUUAUCGAAAGGAUGCUCUAUCAAGUCACGGCUAUGUUUGUAAACGAUGUGAGCGGAAGGAUACUCCCUUUCUCCCUAGUCCAUGUGCGAGUUGGUGGCCGAGAAGGAAUGGUUAAGAUUUGUUGAAGCAAUAGAGAAUUUAAUAGUCGGAAAGGAGGUAAACCACACGGUGCAUGCGCAUUGUUUAGCAGCAGCAGCCUGUAGAUUACGUGCAGCUGGUCGAUCUCUCUUUUCGUAUGUGUUGGUGCGUCUGUCACGCCUACUAAGAUAAUCAAAACUAACUGCAACCAUUACUAACAGUGGAAGAUUAUUUCCAACGCAAUUUAAUGCCCAGCGUGCCCAACUACUAACAAGCAAAAAGAGCAAACGUUUGGUGAAGCACUGUUAAUGUUUUGGUAGCGAAGUCUGGCUUUGAAUAUAGCACAGAUACCGUAAUCGCAAUUGAACAGUUGCUUUGUGUGCUUAUCACGCACCAACACUUUUGAAUUCAAUAAUUCGAUAAUGAAAAUUAGCUCGUACAAAGGAAGAUACUGGGUUUUCCAAGAGUUCUCAUGGUUGUGGGACACUCCUUUGACUCUUUCUUAUUGGAAAUGAACUUCAUUGGUUGGAAAUUGCACUCUAUUUGACAUUCCUAUUGGAUAUGCCCAACAAGCGUGCUAUAGAGUCCAAUUACCAUUACAUGAAAUUCAUUUCACGCAAGCAGGAGUCAAUAAAGUGUCCCACAGCUAUGAGAACUCCAGGAAAACCCUAUAAAGAAAAAAACGCUUUCUUUUGCACUGGAAUUAGCCUACACAGAUUGCAAAGUGCUAGAUUUACUUGCGAUUAAGGCUCAUCAGUACUCAUCAGUACUCAACUGCUAUCAAACGUUUAGCGCGUACACGCCCCACGCUCCAUGUUAAUUGUAGGUUUUGCACUUUGCAAGUAAAGAUAGCCGAUAGACCGAUAUGCAACCAAAAAAAAUGGAGCAGGAACUAAAACCCGAAGAAUUAUAAAAGCAUACAAGCUAAACAACAUUACAGACGAUGGCAAUUAUUCAUUAGCGUUCACAACAAAAAGGUAGUGUGUUAGCAGUAGCAUAUAUUAGUAGCCAUUCUGCGGUUGGGCUAAAAAGCGCGGGGGGGGGGAAAGGAUUAAACAUCACCCGCCAAGUGUAGUUCGCUAGACACCACCCUAGCUGUGCUUAGGACAUUAGGAACGGGCCGCUAGUGGAAAACUAGUUAGCGGGCAUGUGUGUAUUAGCUGUUAUAAACAGAAAGGCGACCUAAAAACAAUGCACUAGCGUGCAAUUUGCAUCAGUAUAAGUUAGGCCACUCUAACUGCUAAGAGUAAUUUAUUUUUAUUUAUUUAUUUUCAUUCGUUAGGCCCAUUUCACUCAUACUGCAUUGCUUCGCCAGUGCAUUACUGCGUUCGAUAGGCAAUGGUUUCACAUUUCGGGGGAUCUAGCUAUAGCGGAGGGGUUGUUGUAGCACAACACACGUGUGAAAUUCCAUCCAACCAACAAACAAACAAACAAAAGAACGGAUUAGUGUUAAACGGACGGAUCCAAGAGGAUGUUAUUAUUGACUGCACUCGCUUUACACACGCCUUGUAUUUGUACGUUAUUUCUACCAGAGACAUAUAAUAAUAUGUAAUGCAAGUGCAAAACUACCCGCGCCGUUCCCACAGCCCCCUGGGAGGUACCCCUCCUCCCGCUGGUCUCACUAAUCCUACCAUUUCCCGGGGCACAGCAGCACUACUGUGAUUGAUGUUUUACUUUACGUUUCAUUUGCUUAAUGUGUUGUGUGUAUGUGUGUUGUUUGUCUGUGUUUUAACAACACUCAAACUCUAUCCCUCUAACUCUUUCUCUCUAUGUGUUUUUACUUCCGAUCCUAUCCUGCCGAUAUAAAGAAAAGUAAAGGGUAGUAAUUGGAGAGAUGGAGGUAAUGUGUACUACCCGAUUAUACCAUAUUGUGGAAAAUUAAGAAAUGAAAUCUCAAAAUAAACAAUCACUUCUAGAAUAUAGUUGUACCAUUUGCGUACGCGUAAGAAUAAAAUUGAA